CAUGAGUCCCAUCUUUCUGAUGUCCCUUCUCUUUGGCCUGACUUUUGGGCAGGCAGUGUCUUUUUGUGCACCCACUGAGUAUAUCAUCCACGUGGAGAAGAGGGAAUGUGCCUACUGCCUGGCCAUCAACACAACCAUCUGUGCUGGAUUCUGCAUGACACGGGACAGCAAUGGUAAGAAGCUGCUCCUCAAAAGCGCCCUGUCCCAGGAUGUGUGCACAUAUAAAGACAUGGUGUACAGAACGGUGGUACUCCCUGGCUGCCCACGACACACCGUCCCCUAUUACUCUUACCCAGUGGCCAUGAACUGCAAGUGUGGUAAAUGUAACACUGAUUACAGUGACUGCAUUCAUGAGACAGUCAGGACAGACUAUUGCACUAAACCACAGAAGUCCUAUAAUGUGUGAGCUUAUUACUGCAUGAGGUAGAAAUGUACCUUCUGCCCCCCUGCCCCACUUAGCUAGUGGCUAUCUAUAACUGAAUCAUGAAUAAAAU